AUGGGGAACAUAAAGACUAAAACCAAAGCCCCCGACGUGGUGGAUGGGCCCGAACUGCACCAGAGAAGACCCCACACUCCAUAUCGCCCCGGAACAGCAGAUGCCAAGAAGAAGAAGAAGGCAGCGACGCAACAAUUCCUAGAUGGACCAAAGGUUGAUGUUCUGAACUCGUGGGUGUCAACACAUAUAAAGAAGAAAGAAUGUGUGGCCUUCAUCACCAGAACAUCGGAGGAACCAGACGUCUGUGGCUGCGGUCACACCAGAAAACAGCACCAUGGUCCUGGCCGAGUCACCGAGAUGGCCGAGUCACCGGGAGCCUCCUGGGACCCUCACAAACAUGUCAGAGAAUUUCCUAGUGAUUCUCAUGGAGACCUGACCUUCACUGGAAUUAACAGAAUGUGGGCCAAGUAUGUGCGCGCAUCAUGUGACACCAACCCCAGUGUUCUGUGUGAUCUGAUGACCCAGCAGUGGGGGCUCAGCAUGCCCAGCCUCCUGAUAUCUGUGACCGGAGGAGCGAAGAACUUCAACAUAAGCCCCAGACUGAAGAACCAGUUCAGCCGAGGCCUCGUGAAGGCAGCGCAGAGUACAGGUGCCUGGAUCAUCACUGGUGGUUCUCAUGCUGGGGUCAUGAAGCACGUGGGAGAGGCCAUCCGGGAUUUCAGUGGAGAUCAACUGGGCUCGGAGAUUGUCCUCAUCGGCAUCGCCACCUGGGGCAUCGUGCACAACAGAGAAUACCUGCUGAGCGCAGCGGGUGGAGCUCCAGCCUUGUACCCAAUGGAUGAAGGAUCCCAGGGAUCAUUGUGCUGUCUGGAUAAUAACCACACCCACUUUAUCCUGGUGGAUGAUGGGACACAUGGAAAGUACGGAGUGGAAAUCCCUUUGAGAAUUCGUCUGGAGAGAUACAUCUCCCAACAAACCAUGAAUAAAGGAGGGACCGCAUUGAAGAUCCCGAUUGUGUGUGUGGUGCUGGAAGGAGGCCCCGGAACCCUAGAUACGAUCUACAGCUCCAUGAGUAAUAACACGCCGUGCGUCAUUGUGGAGGGGUCCGGGCGCGUCGCCGACAUCAUUGCACAAGUGGCAAAUAUUAGUCCCUCGAGGAUUACCAUCAGUCUUAUUAAGGACAAGCUGAGGAACCUCUUCCAGGACACGUACGACGGUUUCACAGAAACGCAGAUCAUCAUGUGGACCAAGAAGAUCCAAGACAUCGUGCGGAUGGGAUCUCUGCUCACCAUCCUCAGAGAAGAGAAAGUGGGGGAUCAGGGAAUGGACGUGGCUAUCCUGCAGGCUUUACUAAAGGCCUCUCACAGUACUGACCACUAUGGACAGGAAAACUGGGACCAUCAGCUCAAACUCGCAGUGUCCUGGAAUCGACCAGAUAUCGCUAAGACACAGAUCUUUACUGAAGACUGGACUUGGAAGCCUUCAGAUCUGUAUCCCUGCCUGACGCUGUCACUGAUCGAGGAUAAGCCUUUGUUUGUUCGCCUCUUCCUGGAACACGGAGUCAGUCUGUCAGAAUAUGUCACGUGGGACACUCUAACCUACCUGUACAAAAACACCGACCCCUCCAGUCUGAUUUCUAGUAAGCUGGAGAGAGCGGCCACUGGGGAAGGAUCCAGGAUACGAGUGGAACCAACGAUUGAACUGCACCACGUGUCUCGUGUCCUGCAAGAGCUCCUGGGAGACAUCUCUGAACCUCUGUAUCCUGAAGGAAGGCAUCGGAAAAUGCGCAGUCUGGCACAUGUCAACAUCAAGAUGAAUGGUAAAGUAUCAGUGAUGAAGAAAUCGAAGCCUCCUCAGUAUCUGGCGCAUCCUGUGCGCGAUCUCCUAAUAUGGUGCAUUGUCCAGAACCGACAAGAACUUGCCGAUAUAAUCUGGAGUCUGAGCGAUGACUGUAUUGUUGGGGCGUUGGCUUGUACGAAGAUUCUGAAGGCCCUUGCUAAAGAGGAGGAGGAUACAGAGAACAUAGAUGAAAUGAAGGCCUUGGCGGACGUCUAUGAGGAGAGGGCUAUAGGAGUCUUUUCCGAAUGUGACCGAUACGAUCAAAAACGAGCAGAACUUCUCCUCAUACGAAUGUCUCCAAAAUGGGGUAAAACCACCACCUUAGAGUUGGCUGAAGAAUCGCAGGCUCGCAGCUUCAUGUCUCAGGGAGGAGUGCAGAUGUUCCUCACUAAGACGUGGUGGGGGCGGCUGUCGGUGGACAAUGGUUUUAUCCAGAUUAUGUUGUGUAUGUUACUAUUCCCACUCAUCUACAGUGGUCUCAUCACAUACAGGAAAGGAUACGUGGCCAACAUUUCUGGGACUGAAGGAAGCACCAAUGAGCGUCAGAGCAUGAGAAUCCGCCAUGAACUGACGAACAGUAGAAGAGAACGCCACCAUGGGCCUAAACCCUACAGCUGUUUCUGGAAGUUCAUGGCUUUUUUUAACGCCCCAAUAAUCAAGUUCUAUUACAACGUGGUGUCGUACAUCGGCUUCCUCUGGCUCUUCGCUUACGUCAUAAUGAUUGACUUCCAGCCCUCUCCAUCCUGGAGGGAAUACAUCUUGUACGUCUGGGUCUUCACCAUCUUGUGUGAGGAGCUGCGGCAGUUACUUUAUGAUCCAGACCAUCAUGGAUUUGUUUCAACAUCUAUCCAGUACAUCUCAGGAUUUUGGAACCAGGUGGACACAGCAGCCCUGGGGCUAUUCAUUGUGGGUCUGAUCUGCAGAUUGGUCACUUCACAGACUGUCUACUUGGGUCGUGUCUUCCUGUCUCUGGAUUUCAUAAUAUUCUGUGUUCGCUUCAUGCACAUAUUCACAGUCAGCAGAGUCCUCGGCCCGAAGAUCAUUAUUCUCCGUCAGAUGGUAAAGGACAUCUUCUUCUUCCUCUUCCUUUUGGCCAUUUGGAUCGUAUCGUACGGAGUGGCAUUACAGGCAAUUACCACCAUCAAUGAGGACAGGUUGUACUGGAUCUUUCGGAACGUCCUCUAUGGUCCCUACCUCACCCUAUUUGGACAGAUGCCAUCUAUUGUGGACAGUUUGAACUUUGACCCAACAAAAUGUUCCAUGAAUGGCACUAACCCCAGCCAACCCAAAUGUGUGUACAACGAUGGAGAUGGCAAUGCUCUGUUCCCGGAGUGGCUGACCAUCAUACUGAUGUGCUUGUAUCUCCUGAUGGCUAACAUUCUUCUGCUCAAUCUUCUCAUUGCCAUGUUCAGUUACACCUUCGCAGACAUUGAGAGUAACACAGAUGAAGUCUGGAAGUUCAUGCGAUAUAAUUUAAUAAAAGAAUAUAAUGAACGUCCGACGGCUCCAACGCCAUUCAUCCUCUUCAGCCACAUUUACAUUGUCCUGAAGUACGUGGUCUGCAAGAGAUCGGACCCUGGACACAAAGUGCUGAGGCGUCUUCUAGAUGAAGGUCAGGAGUCAUCGCUGCUCUCCUGGGAAUCCUACAUGAGAGACAACUAUCAGCAAAUGAAGCAACAGCAAGAAGGACAAAGCCAGGAGAAUCUGGUGAAAGAGACCGCUCAGAGCCUUUCCACCAUGAUGCGGCUAUUUAAAGUGGAGAAGGGAAGUAUGGGCCAUCAUCUGGAGACCAGGCUGACCACACUGGAGGAUCAGAUGGCUCAGUCCUCCCGAUACCUGAACUGGAUCAUUUCUGCCUUGACAGAAAAAGGUUUCAGCAGUAAAACCCGGAUUAUAGUGCACAGCAACUCCACAGAGUCUGAAGAUAAGGCUGCACCGGGCUCCGAGACCACCGGGGAGAAGUGUCUGUACCACGUAAAUGCCAGGAUCCUGCAGUAUCCUAACUCCAAUGUGCUCCGAUUCCCUGUGCCUGAUGAGCUGGUGCCAUGGGAGGUGGAGUUCCCGGACUACACUCCUCCACUGUAUAAUGCAGAGAGAUAUGACCGGGGGACCUACAACCCUACACAAGAAAUGCAGCAGAACAAGAGGAAAUACAAUGCAGUGGAUGGAAUGCUGGACUUCCGCAGCUGCCUGGGAACAUAUCGAGUGGAGAACAAUUCACCCCUGAACCCAAUGGGAAGAACCGGACUGAGUGGAGUUGGGAGUUUGCGCUGGUUUGGACCCAAUCAUUCUCUUCAUCCAGUUCUGACCCGGUGGAGUAUAAACAAAUCCGGGGCCCCAAAUAAGAAGAUGUCGCGCAGAAUGCUGGAGGUUCUGGUGGUGAAGCUGCGGGGUAACGAAAUGUGGGCACUGCCAGGGGGGACUCUGGAUCCCGGGGAGCAGGUUCCGCUUAAGUUCCAGCCUCUCCUGAAGCGCGGAUACCUGAGCGAGUUCCUAGCAUUGCUCGGGGGCGGGACUGAGGUCUUCCUUGGCUACCUGGACGACCCACGGAACACGGAUAACGCCUGGAUCGAGACACUGGCCAUUAAUAUUCACUUUGACAGCAAAGAAUCUAAUGACCGAUUUCUUAAGAACCUGAAGGAAUCAGACUUUGAGGUUUCCCUCCGCUGGCAGCUCCUGGACCAUAAGAUUCCCCUUUAUGCCAAUGAGAAGGAGAUCCUCCAGCUGACCGCCGAGCUGCACAACGCGCACUACUAAGUAUUGGGUCCGUCCCUUCUGGAACCUCAUGAACUCUUAAAUCAUUACCUGAAAACCCCAAAGGAAUCAAUGACCCCGGACAAAUGGGACAGAACCCGUACACCCAA